ACAAAUUUUGGACUCGGCCGGACGCGUACUGCGGAAACUUUUGUCAAUAGCGCGUAAAAAACACAAUAAACGCGAAAAACACGGUCAGCGUCUGCAACAAUAACAAUUGCAAUGUCCUCCAGCUAAGUGGUGGUGCGGUAUGUGCGAGUGCGAGCGUGUCAGGGGGAAUGUAUAAAGCGUUUGGAAGCAAAACAGUGCAAAGUGUUACAUUGCCAGCAAUUAGUGGAGCAUUAACAGCCACAAAUGAGCACAGAGGAAGUGGAUGCGGACUUGGAGUCGUGUGCGCUACUCAACGGCAACGCUGGUGAUACCACCGUCGAUCCUGGCAGGACACGCGCUAAGCAGCGCGUCAGUUUGAACUCGAAGCGUCGACGCACCCGAAUGUCGCGCCGGGCUAAUCUCAUUGGCAUCUGUGGCGUGGGCAGUCUGUGCAUCCUGCUGCUGAUAGCCACCACCCAGCAUCGACCACUCACGACGCCCUUCAACCAGGGAUCGGGCGGUGGGCCGGCGGCAGCGGCUGCCGCUCUCAACCAAGCGGCCGCCUAUGGCAUCGAUGGCGGUCCCUCGAACUCCCUGGGCAGGAACUCCUUCUACGAGCGCCUGCAGCAGCAGAUGCAGCAGCAGCAGCCCUCGCAGACGGUCAUCUACAACCUGACAGCUACUCUAGUGGAUGUCCUGUCGGCUCAACGGUCGCGCAUCCUCACCGAGAUGGAGAACUUUGAGUAUCCUCGCGGCGGUGCCGAGCGUCUCAGCGACAUGACGCCGGCCACCAACGGCACGCCCGUUCGUAGUGUCGUGGUCACCUCCUGGCGUUCUGGCUCCACCUUCCUGGGGGACAUACUCAACUCCAUUCCGGGCAACUACUACCACUACGAGCCGCUGCUCGACUUUGGCAUCAAGCAGGUGCGCGAUCCCGACGACCAGGAUCUGGCCGUGCAGAAUCUCAAGAAUCUCCUCAACUGCGACUACGCCGACAUGACGGACUAUCUGAAUUUCGGGAAGACGCACACAUAUCUCUUCGAGCACAACACCAGACUGUGGGACGUUUGUCGCGAAUAUCCGCGCUUCUGCUGGCGUCCCACCUUCCUCACGCGCUUCUGUCGCCUCUUCCCCAUUCAGAGCAUGAAGACGGUGCGCCUGCGCCUGGCACAAGCCGAGAAACUGCUGGAGGAUCAAAGUCUGUCCAAUGUGCGGAUUGUUCUACUGGUGAGGGAUCCGCGUGGAACGAUGCAAUCGCGUCGGCAUCGUGUGUGGUGCGGUGGUCACGAGGACUGCGAGGAUCCGCGACUGGUGUGCCAGGAUCUGCAGGAUGACUACAAAACAGCCGAGAUGCUGCUGGAGAAGUAUCCAUCGCGUUUCAGAACCUUACGCUAUGAGGAUCUGUCAUUGAAUCCCAGUGAAAUGACCCAGGACAUACUUCAGUUCUAUGGCCUGCCAUUCGAUCCCGCUGUGGAGGAGUUUUUGGAGACGCACACCAAGGUGAAUAUUGGCGGCGUUAGCUCCACGUAUCGUGAUUCCAGAUCAGCGCCAUUCCAUUGGAUGCAGGAUCUAAAGCCAGAUGAGAUCAAGCAAAUCCAGGAUGUUUGCAUCGAGGCCAUGGAUCUGUGGGGCUAUCGUCGCAUCGACAACUUCAGCAACUUCUCCAGCCUUCAGUUGAGUUUCGAUCCAAUGGUGCUGCCGCCGCCGUUUACGUGAAGCGGCAUUAGUGUUAGCUGAUCUAUCUAUAACGAUAACUGAUAAUGAUAACUAAUUCUUCUACUUGGUACAUUUUGUUGUGAUAUCGUCGUGUUGAGCGAGCAAAAGAGAAAUAGGCAAAGAACGGAAGGAAGGGCAAAGAAAAAGCAGUGAGGAACAGUGAGCCGAGAUUGAAAGAGAUGAGAAUGCAUUGUGGAAACUCGGAUUCAUAGCUGGCACAUUUUUGCUAAACACGCAAACACACUUAACUGAGCAAUAGUUAUUAAUAAUAUUAUACUGAAUAUAUACAAUAUGAAAUGCAUAAUUUUAGUAAUUGGCGAAUUUUGUGUAGAGCGUAACAGCGUCAAGAGUACAGCGUAAAACGGUAUGAAAACCAGUCGAAUAUCAUUUAGUUUAGGCCUAGCAUUUAAGCAAACCCAAUAACUGAGAAAGGAGAACUUAGUAUUAGUAUUGUUUACUUGGCUUUUUGAUGUAAAUUAUUUAGGCAAUGAAAUGAAACUUUUGUAAUUCAGCUUGACAAGUGCAUAGAAAAUCCAGUGAUCUAGCGUCUAACACAAACGUAUCUAAACGUAUCAGCAUCGGUCGGUAACUAACUAAAAGAAAAACACCAACGUGCAGUUCAGCUCAGUUCUGUUCUGGAGAGUAGUGAGCAAUUAUACAACAAAAUGUUUGGCAAACACACAAAUAUUGUGCAAUAUUAUAAUCAAAACGUAAAUCACGCUAAUUUAGACACGAAUUUCCUAAACUAGAAAA